AUGAAGUCCCGGACUCUGCGGCACGUCGCCCAGCGGACCGCCGCUCUGGCCAGACCAUCCAUGCCCACCUUCGUUCGAGCGGCUAGCAGCAUCUCCCAGCGCCCUAAUUCGGACCAUGUCUCGUUCCCCGGAGCGCUGAAGAGCGCCUUCGUGAAUAGUCUCAAGUUUGAGGACCCCGAAUCGUACCCGGCCCUGCCCACGUAUCGCGUGGUGGACCAGCAUGGCGUAGUCGUGGACCCGUCCUUCACGCCCGACAUUGCGGAUGAGGAGGUCAUCCGGCUAUACAAGGACAUGCUGUUUAUUUCAAUUAUGGACUUGAUCAUGUUUGAUGCCCAGAGACAGGGUCGGCUGAGCUUCUACAUGGUGAGUGCAGGUGAGGAGGCUGUCAGCGUGGGGUCCUCCAGCGUCCUCGACCGGGAGGACGUCAUGUUCUGCCAGUACCGCGAACAGGGCGUUUUCAAAGAGCGUGGGUGGACGGUAAAAGAAUUUAUGGCUCAGCUGUUCGCCAACAAGAACGAUCCAGGGAGGGGUAGGAGUAUGCCGGUGCACUACGGAAGCAAGGAAUUGAACAUCCACUCCAUCUCAUCACCAUUGGCAACUCAGCUUCCGCAGGCGUCAGGGGCGGCUUAUGCCUUGAAGAUGCAACGGUUACAGGACCCCAAUGUCAAGCCUCGUGUGGUUGCCGCCUUCUUUGGAGAAGGAGCCGCAAGCGAGGGAGAUUUCCAUGCAGCAUUGAACAUUGCUGCUACAAGGUCAUGUCCUGUCAUCUUUAUCUGCCGAAACAACGGCUACGCAAUCUCAACACCGACGCUUGACCAAUACCGUGGUGAUGGUAUUGCUAGUCGUGGGCUGGGCUAUGGAAUUGACACGAUCCGUAUCGAUGGAAACGACAUCUGGGCAGUACGAGAAGCGACCAAGAAGGCUCGAGAAAUGGCACUCCAAGAUGGCGGGAAGCCGGUCCUCAUUGAGGCAAUGACCUACCGUGUAUCGCAUCACAGCACAUCGGACGACUCGUUUGCGUACCGCGCGCGUGUUGAAGUCGAGGACUGGAAGCGCCGCGACAACCCCAUAACGCGGCUGCGCAAGUGGAUGGAGGCUAAGGGUAUCUGGGACGAGGCCAAGGAGAAGGAGGCGCGAGAUAGCUUGCGUAAGGAGAUCCUGAAGGGAUUCAGCGAGGCGGAGCGCGAGAAGAAGCCGCCGAUCCGGGUGAUGUUUGAGGAUGUGUACGAGGAGAUGACGGAAGAUUUGAAGGCGCAGAUGAAGGAGCUCAAGGGUAUGCUCGACAAGUAUCCGGACGAGUAUGACGUGGGGGAGUUUGAGGGGGGUAAAGAUAGUUUGAAGGAUUGA